CUCUGACUUUUGUGCUAGCAUGGACGUGCAACAGCUCAUCCAACACCUCCCUCAAAAUGUCGACUUAACGUCGGCCGCCGCAGCCUCGUUUGCUGCCUUCCUUGCUGUACACCUUGGCCCCUACGCUUGGGACCGCUACCACUUGAAGUCGAUCCCUGGACCAUUCUGGGCCAAGUUCUCGGAUGCGUGGCUCGCUUGGGUCGCGGCAAAUGGCCACAGGUCCGAAGAAGUGCAUAAGCUGCACGAGAAGCUCGGUCCCGUCGUACGCAUUGCCCCCAACCACAUUUCCAUCGCCGACCCCGAUGCACUGCAAAUAAUCUACGCACACGGCAGUAACACUCUCAAAAAGUCGAACUUUUAUGACGCAUUUGUCUCGAUCCGACGCGCCAUCUUCAACACUCGUGAGAAAGCUGACCAUGCGCGCAAGCGCAAAAUCGUCGCUAACACGUUCUCGCAAAAGAACGUUAUCGAGUUUGAGCCCCGCGUCCGUAUAUACGUCGGUCAGAUCAUCGACCAGUGGGACCGCCUCAGCAAACUUGCCGCUGCAGAUGGCUCAGGUGACGAGGGCGAGAGCGGAUGGUACGGCAAAGAUGAGAGAUUGUGGCUCGAUGUCUUGCCAUGGAUGAAUUACCUUGCCUUUGACAUUAUUGGUGACCUCGCAUUUGGUCAGCCCUUCGGCAUGAUCUUGAAGGCCAAAGAUUCGGCCCCUGUGGCUGUUUCGCAGGACGCCGCAAUGGACAGCUAUGGCAAAGAGUGCAAAGUCAUCGAGGUCCCCGCUGUCAAGAUUCUCAAUGAUCGUGGAGAUUACAACGCCACUUUGGGCACUAUGCCUCCUUGGGUCAGGCCUUAUGUCCGUAAGCUCCCUUGGUUCAGCCAGGGUAGCGAAGCUGCAGCGAGCGUCGCCGGCAUGGCCGUCGCUGCUGUGUCCAGGCGCCUUACCACUCCGACAGACCGCGUUGACAUUCUCAGCAAGCUGCAACAGGGCAAGGAUGAGAAUGGUGAAAUCAUGGGCCCUGAGGAGCUGACGGCCGAGGCCCUCACCCACUUGGUUGCGGGGUCAGACACCACCGCAAACUCGUCAUGCGCCAUCAUCUACUACCUUGCCGCGUACCCACAUGUCCAAGAGAAGCUUCAGAAAGAGUUGGAUGAGGCGCUGGGGUCAGAAGACGAACCUGUGACGACGUACGAGCAGGUCAAGCGUCUUACCUAUCUGGAGGUGGUCAUUCUCGAGGUCCUCCGCCUGCAUUCCACGAUCGGACUUGGCCUCCCACGCAUGGCUCCUGAGGGUGGCCUCACCGUCCACGGCACUUACUUCCCCGAAGGCACCAUCCUCAGCGUCCCUACCUACACCCUUCAUCGCGACAAGCGUGUGUGGGGCGACGACCCCGAGAUCUUCCGCCCCGAGCGCUGGUUCGAAGAGAACAGCGCGAAGAUGCACAAGGCUUUUAACACCUUCUCGUUCGGCCCGAGGGCGUGCGUCGGACGGAAUCUCGCAAACCUUGAGCUGCUGAUCAUCGUGUCGUCGCUUCUUCGGAGGUAUGACUUCGUUCUCAAGAACCCUGGAGAUGCGCUGGGCACGUGCGAAGGUUUCUUGAGAAAGCCUACCGACUGCUGGGUAGGACUUCGUCGCCGCGCUCUGUAAGAUCUAUGCCGUUAUUUAGUCUCCCUUCCGUACAUAAAUCACACUUGGUCGUCGCUGGACGACAUGGAUAAUUCUACACGCUGUGGCAUACUUACUUGCUCUCCCUUUUGUCGCUGUAUGUUUUUUAUAUGCCAUAAUCAUAGCUCUCAUUUUCUGCUUUAAAUUUGUC